AUGAUCAAUGGUGCGGUUCCCAUUGUUCUAGCAAAACUGAUGACGGCAGCAUGUGACUUGGCCAGGCAAAGCCAAACACUACUACACGACAGACAGCGGGACCCUGGAGCACGAAGGGCCAGUGUUUUCCAGCUGGUUGGCUUUGAACUACCCCCUCAGCAGGCUGGACAGUGGCAGCAUCACCCUCAACUGCUCCAGCGCUGUCGCUGGCCUUCCUCCUCUGUCCUCUCUCUUCGUGUCCAGGUUGUCAUCAGCUUCUGCAGAGCCUGCUAAGCAGCGCCUUCACAACCACGGUGUACGGCUCGCUGGUUGGCCGCUGCUCAUGAUCCUCUGUCUCCUUUCGUGACGCCUAUUGUCAUCUCCGGAAAAGAGUCCUCAGGGUCGCUGAUGGUGCCUGGAAAUUGUUCUCCAGCAUCUGCUGAAGAUGUCCUUGAUUUAUUUAGCGACGGUUUCACUCUGGAGAAUUCUUUUAAUGUGUUUCGGAGUGAUGACUUCCUUCCUCUGUGGGCGGUUGCCCAGAGACUGAGUAUAUCUGUUCCUUUACCACUUUUAAUUAUCUCCGCCUCAGAAAAAGGUUUCAUUGAUAUUUACAUUAUACUUAUUUAUAAGAAUAUUUCAUAAGGCAUGAAUUUUCUGUUGCAUUACUAUAAUUAAAAAUAAUAGUUUUAAUAAAACAUUAAGCUUCUAAAUGGUCAGUGUGAUAAUAUUGUAAUAUAUAUUUUUUUCAUCUUUAUUACGAUUUACAUCGACACAUAUUUUAAUAGUAUGAAAAUAAGGUAAUAGUAGUAGAUCGGAUGUGUAUAUAUUGAACUUUCAGCUCAUUUGAAAAAUAUUUGUAACAUUGCCAUUUAUUAUUAUUGUUCCAUUCGUUUCUGAUUGUUUCUCAUGAUUAAAUAUUAACUAAAUUUAACUGAGUAUACAUACCUCCCUAUUUGUAUUAAUAAUGAAAUAUUUUAUUUCUUAGAACUGUUUCACUCUAUUCCAAAUGACAACUGUUAAGAUUUUUAACAAUAUAUCAAAAGUUCCGUAUUAUGAUUAUUUUAUAUAAUUAUUUUUUUAAUUUUAUAUUUAACGCAUUUAAUAGUUUUAAAAAUUGAAAGAUUAACAAAAACAAUACAAUAUCAUAUCGAAAUAUUAAUAUUUUGAUAAUAACAAACAAUUAAACCUAUAAAAAC